AUGGGCAACUGCUGCUCCAGCUCCAAAGAACCCGAGGCAUUCUCCGGCCCCGGCCGCGUCGUUGGCGCCCGCUCCUCCCCAUCCGCACCCCGAGCCCCGCUCCCCACCAAGAACUGGAAGAAUACGCCCGGGCGCACACUCGGCGAGGCCAGCGACACGCCAGGGGGUGCCGAUGAAGCGCGGUCAAAUGCCGCCAUAGCAGCGCAGAAGCGCGCCGAAGAAGCCUCAUCGAACAAGGGCAAAUUGGGCUCGAAACUAGCUGCGCAAAAGGCGAAAACGCAAACGCAGACUCUCGGGGAGGUUAGUCAGGAUGAGAGAGCUGCGCGCGACGCGGAUGGUGCGGAGGAGGCGAGGCGGUGGCAAUAG